GGUAUGUAUGCCGUGCUGAUCAAUAUGGCCUCAUUAACUUUUAUCCUCUUGAUAAAACUGCUCCUGUCAUUGUGAACCUUCCAAAAAUAUCCUACAACCUUCUUCGAUAUCGUCCAAAGGAUGACCAGGCCCCAAUGGUGCACGAUUACAUUGCAGUGUUUAAAGAGGAGUCACUCUCUAUCUCACCUAAUGAUCAGAUUCCUUGUAUUAAAGAGCUCAUACCGUUUGAAUUGUCUCAGAGUCUCUUGUUUGUUGUUGAGGUGCUUGGUUGGAAUCCAAAAUACAGAAAAGCAUUAGGAGCUGUCAUUGAAGCUGUUCCACGCACAUCAAACCUUUUCUUUACUAAUCACUUGCUUAGCCUUGUAUAUGGCAUUUAUGAAGAAGAAGUGCAUGCACCACUUCAACCUCCAAAUGAAACUAACGAGCUUGAUCAUUAUGAUCGAGCAUUUACCAUUGAUCCUCCUUUAUCUAAAGAUUUAGAUGAUGCAGUCAGUUUGACACCUCUUCCUGAAGAUGGUAAUUAUGAGCUGGCAGUUCUUAUAGCUAAUGUUGCCAAACAUAUAAAUGAAAACCAUCCUUUAGACAAGAAAGCUAAACAGAGGGGUACAUCUGUAUAUGGUGCUAAACAGAGUUGUGCAUCCAAUCGCAUUGGACGGGUGAGUCACAUGUUUCCAUCCAGUAUCACAUCUCAAUUGAGCCUUGACCAUUUGGAGAAACGACAUGUUUUAUGCUUACCUGCUACAGUAGCCAUAAAAGAAGGAGUGGUAACUAGUGUAGUGUCUGGCAAUCCAAAGGAAGCAAUGGUCACUUCUCAAGUACGAUUCACUUAUGAAACUGCUAAAAAGGUAAUGCAUAAUGAACAGCUAGUUGAUGAUGAUGAGACAAGAAUGCAAGUUGAAGCAUUUGAUGAUGCCACUGGACCAAAGUCACGAAUGAUUGAUACUCUUAAUCUACUGUAUAAGAUAGCUAUGUACCUACGCAUUAAGAGGUUAGGUGAUGCUGGUUACUGUUAUGGCCAAUCUGAGGAAGGUGAAGAGAGUAACUGGCAAACUCAUCUUCUUAUUGAAGAACUAAUGAUAUUCUGUAAUGCAUCAGUAGCUGAAUAUCUUCAUGAGCGACUUCCACAACAAACAGCACUCUUACGAGCUCAAAUGCCACCUUUAGAAGAAGAAAAGCAUAAUUUUAUUAAUCAAAAUCAAAACUGCCUGUCUCAUUCCCUGUCUCUUAAGCGUUAUUUAAACAAUCCAUCUGAUGAAGCAGGUUCUUUUAUUAUGUCAGGCACAACACUUCAGCUACUUAUUGAUGCAUGUUCUAAAGGAGAUCACAUUCAAUUAGCUUCAGUUCUUAGCAAUAAUAAGCUUUAUCCACAACUGGCAAUGGCUGAGGCUAUGUUACGGUCAAUCAACAGAAAAGCCAGUUAUGUUGUGAUUGAAAGCAGCAAAGAACACAUCUGUGCUAAUCAUUCUCAUAAUAGCCUUGCACUAUCAGCAUAUACACAUUUUACAUCGCCUAUAAGGAGAUACUUUGAUUUGGUUGUGCAGAGAUUAGUAAUGUCACUCAUUGAAGGAAAGCCUGUAGCAGAGAAUUGUGAGCUUGCAAAGUUGUGCUCUCAACUUAAUGUCAGGAACAAAAUUGCUAAAGACUUUGAAAAGGCUGAUAAUAAAGCAUGUAUAACCAGAAGCUGUGAAAUCUCACUAGAGAGAGCAGAGGCUUUCGUGAUCAAAUCAUCCAAUAAAAGCAAUGACUCAUUUGAAUUAUCUUUCACUUCAAGUCAUUAUGAGUGCAUUCAUGGUCGAGACACAUCAUUUAGUGAAUCAGAUCUUAAUUUUCAUCAUAAAAUUGAAGAUGGAGCUACUAAAUCUAUUGUGUGGAAAAUAGUGUCAAUAUCGUUACAUCAAUCCUUCAACCUCUUCUCUCAUCCUGAUGUAAUUGAUAUGCCUUCUGCUAAUCUCAAAGCUCCUCGUUUAUCUGAAGUGUCAAAAUAA